ACCUUCAGGUGAGUAAUUUCUUAUCUUUUUUAUUGUUUCCUGACCUAUAAACAUUUAUAUAGGCUCCUUAAUAAAUGUUUUGCAUCCUGCCUGCUCUCAUCGCACUUUUCUGCAGAAUGUAAAAACUAACUGAUAAUGUCGUGCAUUUUGUGUUCUCUGUAACCAAACCAUUUUGUAAUCCUAACCAUUUAGCUAUAUAUAUAUAUAUAUAUAUAUAUAUGCAUAUAUGGUUUGUAUACAGAAGUUAUAAUAAAGAAGUUAUAAAAAACUGCAUAUCCAUGCUUCCCUUGUCCAUAUGGUGCACACAGAGUAAGUAGUGAUGUAAAAAGUUAUGGGUCUGUACUGGAAGCAUUUUUCGAUAAGGGAUGCAUUAUUUGACAUGUGAUAUUAGUCUAUCGAGAUAUGCUACACAUGGAAAAUAUUUAAUAAGGAAGUUAUAAUGGAUUUAAAUCCAUGCUUCCCUUGUCCAUACAGUGCACGUACUUGAUUUUGUAAUUAAAUGCGUCAUAAUACUGAGUUAGGCUCUAUUUAAUGGGAAACACACAACUGGAAGUGCAAACCGAUAAGGUAGCAUUUCUCGAUGGAGUAGCACAGAUCGAUAGAGUCUGCUGACGAUUAACGCUACGGUAGCAUUUUUCGACAAAGCAGCACAAUUCGACAGAACACCGGUUUUGGGUUAUUCUGUGCACAUGUAAGACAACGGUCUAAUAUGCGAUCAACGGCAGAGUUCAAAUUGUGAAUGCAAAACAAUUCGGACAUGUCAUGCUUUACCCCUCUUCGUUCCCGAUGCGAAAUACCAUGAAAAUCGGGAACGAGGAACGGAACACAAUGUGCGGACAGGCUGCCCCGGGCGUCGCGCAGCGGUUUGACGGCUGGAUCGUAGCCCGAUGACAGCCAAUGCUUGAUAUCAGAGUCCGAGGCGGUGGCCUGAAUACAGUCAAGAUCAAGACCAGGAAGUAAGUCAACCGUAAGUGCAGCACAGGAGAAGGAAGCCGAGUUCAUAAAAGGGCAAGGAGGGCCAUGAAGAGCUCCGCGUUUCGCGGCAGAGUCGGCGGUAUUGUUACCAACAGAGUCGGGGUCGCUACUACGCUGGAAUUCAGCCAACAGCAAGCCAGCAAACGCUGAAGGGACAAUUGUGUUGCUGGUCAUUUCCCUCCAUGACCUCCAUUAUGUCUCAUUUGGGACUUUUUCCUUGAUCAGAUUAAUGCUCAGCAGAGAACGCCCAUUUUUUAAAAUACAAAGUGCAUUUGAGUUGCUAUUUUAAGGGGGCUACUGUUACACUUAUACUUUUAUAUAAAAGGUAAGAGCUUUGUACUUUAGUACUUUGUACUUGAGUAAAAAAUCUAAACUUUAGAUCUUUUGAAUGAGUAUUUUUUCUUUGACCAAGUAAUUUAUGUAAGCUGCUAAACCCAAUCCGAUCACAACUCCGGACUGUGGCUUUGAGGCCCAGUAGCCCAAUUACAUGCAAGGCUGUUUGUAAUGAGAAGCUUGUGAAGCUGCGAGGUUAGCUUGAGGUACCACAGCGGACGCUAAGCCAGACCAAGGCAAAGCUAGAGUUUCACUACACCACAGCGAGUACCAACCACCACUCAAACUGUAUAUAGCGGAGGAGUUUGAUAAGCUUACAUCGUCUGCCAUUUUCUGCCCGUGCUGUGCUGGAACAGGGCCGCUCACCACGGGCUUUCUGCCCUUCAUACCAAAGGCCGCAGUCUUUAAAUUCACUUAGCUAAUUGAUUUCACCAGCCUCUCUCUCUGAGUCACGUUGCUAGCAAUCAUGUGAGUCCACUGUGUAGCAUGUCGAGUGCCGAGUGCUCAACACCCCGAGGAUGAGAGGACAGGCCCAGCUUCUCAGAGUCUAAACGGACUGCUCACCGUGAAGUCUGACCACGCCUGUCCUUGUAAAGAUGAGGUCAGUUGCGAUUCUAGUAGCGCAGGACACACCAAGCUGAAAGGAAACCUUCAUCCAAUGUUCAUCUUUUAUUGAUAAGAAACCUUUGAUUGAAAAAGUAUAAAUGGCCGAAGAAGUAUUGAUUACGCCACCGGGGAAAAUAUCAUCGCACCUCACCUCAUCCCUGUUGGCAGUGGCAUUCCUCACCUCAUUUGGUAGCUCUAUGCUCUAUGGCUAUAACUUGGCAGUGGUCAACUCUCCUGCAGGGUAUAUUAAGGACUUCUAUAACCGUACUGUUGUGAGUCGAAAUGGAACGGGGCUGAAUGGAGAGGCACUGACGCUCAUGUACUCACUGACCGUGUCCGUCUUUGCCAUCGGAGGCCUGAUCGGCUCCUUGAUGGUGGGCAUUCUUGUCACCAAAUUUGGAAGGAAAGGAACUCUCGUCAACUCCACUGUGCUGGUCUUCAUAGCAGGCUCCCUGAUGGGCUUCAGCAGAAUCUGUGGCUCACCUGAAAUGGUCAUUUUUGGCCGUUUCAUCACAGGAAUACAUUCAGGGAUCUCUCUGAGUGUGGUGCCGAUGUAUCUCGGUGAGAUUGCUCCCAAAAACCUAAGAGGCUUCCUUGGCCUCAUGCCUAGCAUUUUUAUCUGCAUUGGCGUGUUCUCUGCUCAGCUUCUGGGCCUACAUGAACUCCUUGGAAAGGAGGAGCAUUGGCCCUUGUUCCUCUCCCUAGUGGUUGUACCAACAUUCGUUCAGCUGAUGCUGUUACCAUGGUUUCCAGAAAGUCCUCGUUAUUUGUUGAUUGAGAAGCAUAAUGUCCAUGCCACCAUCACAGCUCUGAAAUGGUACAGAGCCAAAUGUAACAUUCAGGCUGAGAUUGAGGAAAUGCAGGAGGAGCAGCGCUCUUUGUCCACAGUGGAGACCGUGUCUGUCUGGCAGCUGCUGCUGGACCCGACAGUCCGCUGGCAGGUCCUCUCUGUGGUCAUCAUUAACAUCGGGAUGCAGCUGUCUGGUAUUGAUGCAAUCUGGUUCUACACCAAUGACAUCUUUGAGAAUGCUGGGAUUCCGGCCCCUGAGAUCCCAUACACCACCGUAGGAACAGGGGCCAUAGAGAUCAUUGCAGGCCUCAUAGGAUGCUUCACUAUUGAGCGGCUGGGAAGAAGGCCGUUGAUCAUUGGGGGCUUUGCAGUCAUGGGAAUGUGUUGUGCUGGAAUAACAGUUUCCCUCAUACUACAGGUGCAUGUGCAGUUCAUGAAGUAUGUAAGUGUGGGCUGUGUGGUCGGCAUCAUUGCUGGGUUCUGUAUAGGACCAGCUGGUGUUCCAUUCCUCAUCACGGCCGAGCUCUUUAAGCAGUCUCACCGUCCUGCUGCGUAUACAGUUGGAGGCUCUCUGAACUGGAUGUCCAACUUCACCAUUGGCUUUAUCUUCCCAUUCUUACAGAUGUCUGCAGGAUCCUAUUGCUACCUGGUGUUCAGCAGUGUGUGCUUAGCAGUAGCUAUCUAUGUGUUCUUUGUCAUUCCUGAGACAAAAAAUAAGACGUUUGUGGAGAUCAGUCAGAUGUUUGCCACUAAAGAGGCAGUGGUAGAGAGCCAGGCCCUCAGCCAGCCGGAUCAGCUCAAACUGAAGAAGAUGAAUGGAUAUGGAACGCUAGAAAACGGCUCACUUGAGUUCGACAGCUCCUCCUCCUGUCCCUGAGAGGGAGAAUUUAAUCAUGUGCUCUGUUUCUGUUUUCAGCAUGUUCUACAUGGCUCAGUUAAAUAUUUUUGUCAGUGCAUGUAUUAUGAGGCCAAUUUGUCACAUAUUAAUAAAACCUGUAAGAAUUUAAGAAUAUUUAUUCAGUGGUAUAGACUAUUCAAAUAUAGAGUGUAUCUUACAUGGAGAUUUGUGAAAACACCUUGCUUGUAAUCUAAUUAAUGCUGUAUUUUCUGAAGUAAUUUCUUUAACAUUGAAACAAAAGUGCAUUUGUUUUCAAUCUUUGUAAUAAAGGAUCUUGUUUGUUAGAGAAUAUAUGUGACUUAUACACAAGAUGGUUGUAUAAAGAUGAUGUAUUUUCUGUUAUAGGACUCUGGCGUAUUAAGAAGUUAUUGUAUAUGUGUUGUACAACUGUGUACAUAGAUGCUGUAUCACUUUCCUCUUCCUGAUUUUAUUCUGUUAGAAGUUCUGAUAGAUCUUUGCACAUGAUAUUGAUCACUCGUCGUUGAAAUGCUGAUUUAUCUCAGUGAGAGCUGUUGUAAUGUUGCAAUACAACUUCAAGCUCAGUUUGUGACAUGGCUGUCUUUUCAUUUCAACAUUAUCUCCUGUUUUUUAUGUUGGUACAUUUGCAGUCAUGUCAAGACUGUCAUACAGUGCUCGAACAGGGUCCAGUUGCCAUACUUUUCAUGUUGUAGAUGAACAGUAAGAUGCAGGACAAACUCUGGAGUAUAUUUUUUACUCCAACUAUAUUUCCCUUAAUGUGGAUGGAGAUUCACUUUUUAUAACAGGCAAAUAAAAGACUUUCAAAUGGA